UCACACACUUUCAACUCAACACAACAGCUGUCAUGGAGGACAAGCGGCGUAGUGACACGUUUAAAUCUCCAUCAAAUCUACUCCUUUCGGGGGCGAGAGGAGGAUUUUCCUUAGACGACAUCGGCAGCAGCGCGCUGCUUGUUCCCGUCACCGAAAACUCACCGGCCGUCCUCACCAGCGAUGUCGAGGACCUGUCGGCGGGCUCCGCCAGCGUGCUUCCGGCUUUCUCCGGUGACGCUCCAACCCUCGCUCCCGCUCCGGGGCCGGAGCCACAGCCACAGACCACCGGAUCUUCCGGCGGGGGUUUCGUCUCUUCCUUCGGCAGCUUCACCUCCGCGUUGUUCGGCUCCCUCCCCUCUGCCGAACGUACGCCUUCUCCCGGACCUUGGGGACCUCCAGGACCUUCGGGACCUCCAGGACCUUCGGGACCUCCAGGACCUUCGGGACCUCCAGGACCUCCAGGAUCUUCAGGACAUCCAGAACCUCCAAGACCUCCAAGACCUUCAAGACAUCCAACACCUUCAGGACCUUUGGGGCCUCCGGCACCGCUAGGACCUCUUCCAGCAGAAAUCCAGGCUGUACCGCAGGGGCUCCAGGCAGCGGUUCCCGGACUCUCCGAUGACACGUUCCAGCCAGUAUCGCUCGAGCCGGCCACCGGGCCGACGCCCACCUUCUACAACCUGAACCUGCCCCUGAGCUCGCCGCUGAGCCAGCCGGCGCCGGUCGCCUCGCAUGGCCUGGCCGCGUCAAACACCCCUCCUCCCGCCACCUUCGUGAACCAGUGGGGUGGCGGGCGCCCCUUCCAGGUGCAGCCCUCGGACUUGUACCUCACCGAGUCGCGGCCCAGAGACUCGGGCCCUGGCCAGCCCUCAAGCCAGCCCUCGCCGGCCGCCAGCCCCUUCCAGUCACCCGCGGGCCCACUGCCCCCGGUGCCCACCUUCGAGUCGCCCUCGGACACACCGUUCGCAACGCCGACGGGGCCUCCGCCUCUGACGACCCCCACGGCCUUUGGUACGCCCCCGCCCGUGAGCUCGCACUUCGCGCCGCCCCCCGUGCCCGCCGGUGUGUUUGGUGGCCCCGGCCCGUUCGCCACCGCCUCCAGCCUCUUCGGAUCGCCGGCGCCACCACCAGGACCGCCCUCCAGGCCCCCGUCGGGCCUCCCAGGCCUCCCCGUCGGCCCGCCCGGCCCGCCCGGCCCGCCCACCCUCGCGGGCUCGGGUCCGCCUCCAGCAGCCAGCGCAGCGGGCGGCAACGCCUUCAGGCUCGGCGGCCGCCGUCCAGUGUACGCCCCGGUGCCCGGGCUGGAGACCUCGGCGCAGGCCCCCACCCCGCUCGGGUCUCCCCCGGGGCCUGCCUUCGGGUCUGCCCUCGGGCCUGCCCCAGCCCCCAUCGUCAUGGCCCCGACCGCGCCCCCCACGGUGGACGCGCCCGCCACCCCGACGGGCCUGGGUGGGCUCGGUGGCCUCCCGUCCGACCCGUUCAACAACGCAAGCUACUAUGAGCCACAAGUUACUAUGACCCAUGAUCCCACACCUCCACCAAUCUACCGAUCGGUCUAUCAACACUGGUUCUUUAAGAAAGAGGUGGAAAGCAAAGUAAUAUGGCAGCCCUUCUCAAUGUCAGAUUCACUUGCUCUUGAACAGCAAUUUCUUUCACCUGAUCUGACAAUAGACACAGAAGUACCCACUGAUGGUGGUCGUUAUGAUGUGAAUAUUUUAAGAAGACAACGGAAUGCUGUCUAUUGGGAAGAAGCACCCACUGAAGUUAGACGUUGCUCAUGGUUUUACAAAAACAAUGCUGAUAAGCGUUAUGUGCCUUAUGAUGAAAAUGUAGCCACUAGAUUAGAGGAGGAGUACAAGUUAUCAUACACCCAGAAUGAAUGGCAGAGAAGGGUGGAAUUUUCAAAUGGUGAAGCUGUUGUUUUCCACAGUGCCAAUGCUAUGGUUCAUUAUUUAAGCAGUGCCUCUCCAGAUGCGUGGGGUAACACACCGGUGAGCCCCAACACGUAUGCAGAUGGCACACAGCACAGACCAAGAGUUGUAAAAAGAGGUGUCGAUGAGUUUGACAUUGAUACUGGAGAGUCUGAGACUGUAGAUCAUCUAUUGUUUCUAGUUCACGGCAUUGGUUCAGCAUGUGAUUUACAAUUCAGAUCAGUUGUCGAAGUUGUUGACGAUUUCCGUGCUGUUUCUCAAGGCCUUGUUGAGUCUCAUUUUUCGAGUUCUGUAGAAAGUGGUGCAGUGAGACGAGUUGAGGUCUUACCUGUUUCAUGGCAUGAAAAAUUACACAGUGAAGAUAUUAACAACCAAUUAAAGUCCAUAACACUUCCAAGUAUACCAAUGCUACGUCACUUGACCAAUGACACCCUCAUUGACAUUUUAUUUUACACUAGUCCAAUUUAUUGUCAGACAAUUAUAGAUACUGUGGCCAAAGAGCUUAACAGAUUGUAUGAAAUGUUCCUUAAACGGAAUCCAACUUUUACUGGGGGAGUUUCUUUAGGUGGGCAUAGUUUAGGGUCACUGAUAUUGUUUGACCUCCUCUGGCAUCAGAAAGGAAGUCCGUCCCCUACGACUCCUGCAAAUUCUCCUUCAACUCCUCCAAUAAUUAGUGAGGAAAGUGUUGAUAAACCUGAAAGUUCAGAAAAGGAGGCGAUUGCUCCACCCAGUCCUCUUAAAAGAAAGCUCAGUCACAAAAUUAGCUAUGUAAUGAUGGGUCCAGCUGGCACUGGGCAACCUUUUAUUUCAUACCCGCAGCUCCAGUUCAAGCCUGAGAACUUUUUUGCACUUGGAUCUCCUAUUGGUGUCUUUGUGACAGUUAGGGGAAUUGACAAACUUGGUGAGGAUUUUCAACUACCCACAUGUCCUGCAUUUUUCAACAUUUUCCAUCCAUAUGACUUGGUGGCCUACAGAAUUGAGACACUGAUCAGGUCAGAUAUGGAAAAGAUUCCACCUGUACUUAUACCUCACCAUAAAGGACGCAAGAGAAUGCACCUUGAACUUAAAGAAACUGUGGCUAGAAUGGGAGCUGACAUUAAACAGAAAGUUCUUGAUUCAGUGAGGAAUACAUGGAACUCAGUUUAUCAGCUUGCCAUGUUCCAUCGUAGUCAUGAAAGUCUCUCUGAAGAAAUGAACCAGGUUUUAGAGGACCAAAUGAAGCAAGAAAGCCUUCAUGAAUCAAGUAAUGCAAGUGAACUGGAAGCAAACUUAAAUAUUGUUGUUGGCAAGUUAAAUGGGGGACGACGAAUUGAUUAUGUUCUUCAAGAAGCACCUUUAGAAAGUUUCAAUGAGUAUCUCUUUGCCAUUGGUAGUCAUGUUUGUUAUUGGAAAUCAGAAGACACUAUGUUGUUGAUGUUAAAGGAAAUGUACAGGUCAGCAGGGAUAAAUGUUGACAAUCAGGUUCCACAGCAACACAUCAAUCCCCCUAUCGGUAUUCCUUCAUCUUCAUCCACUUCUGACUCUUUGAGUGUCUACUCUCAAGCCAUUUCAUCUUCGGAGCCUGCCCUUCUUGAACCUAGCCCGCUAUUUCCCUCUCAUAACCAUGGUGCCUCCCAGCAGGUGAUUGGUAUGGACCCGACUGCACCUCCAUCUGACAGCAGAGUUGCAGGACCCCCACCUAUCAGUGGAUUUUUCAGAAAGUAAUUUGACAUUACAUUCCCUUCAAGCAAGUGUCUUUGUUAUUUUUUGUGUACAGUCAUGAAAAGAUUUUUUUUCAAUUUUAAUAUACUGUUAUGUUUGUUGACUGCUUUGCUCAAUCUAUAUAAAAAAAAAAUCUUUAGCAAUGCGUGACCAAUUUAGGAGUAACUAAGAUUAAGAUUACAAUAAUGUCUUCCUUUGUAGAUAAAAGGAACAUGAAGUAUUCGUAAUAAGAGAAUGUAACUAUAAGGCAUCUAUUUAAAAUGUUAUUGCCUUAGGGAAGUAAAGAUAUUUUUAUUUUCUAUAUUGUAAAAAUGUGUCCUGCACAUUUACAAAGCAUGCCUAUGGUAUUUUCAAAAAUAAAUUGUUAACUUGUGAUUGAA